AUGAUUUUCGAGUAUCCCAUAAUGAGUUUCGAGUAUCCCAAAUUGAGUUUCGAGUAUCCUAAAUUGAGUUUCGAGUAUCCCAAAGUGAGUUUCGAGUAUCCCAAAUUGAGUUUCGAGUAUCCCAAAUUGAGUUUCGAGUAUCCCAAAUUGAUUUUCGAGUAUCCCAAAUUGAGUUUCGAGUAUCCCAAAUUGAGUUUCGAGUAUCCCAAAUUGAGUUUCGAGUAUCCCAAAAUGAUUUUCGAGUAUCCCAGAAUGAGUUUCGAGUAUCCCAAAUUGAGUUUCGAGUAUCCCAAAAGAGUUUCGAACUUUGUCUUAAAAGCUUUGACUUUGAGCACAGAAAUAAUAACUGGCAAAAAAACCGGAGAAAAAAUUAAUGAUACUUUUGAGGGCAUAAAGAAGAGGUUUAUAUUGGACGGCAAAGCGAUUAUUGCAGUCACUGAUGCUGGAAGUAAUGUGAAACGAGCAGUUAGGAUGGCGAAUUUGACUCACUAUCUGUGUCUAAACAUGGGCUUCACCUGGUGA